GCCCAGGGGUGGGGAGAGAGGAGCGGAGGCCGGCGGCGGCGCCAUGGAAUCGGGCCGGUCGGACGACGACGACGCGGCGUCCCCGUGUCCGGGGGCGAGCUCGGACGGGCAGCCCCACGAGCUGGCGGAGCUGGUCCGCGGCCGGGUGCUCCUGGUCGGCGAGCAGUGGGGCCGGGACCUCGGGACCAAGGUGCUGCACGACUUCGCCCGGGAGAUCGGGCCUGACGUCCACGGGGUCCGGGAGCGGGCCGCCGUCUCCCCGUCCGCGGGCACGGCGGUCAGCGGCCACCGGCCCUCCAGCCUCUCGGGAGAGGGCAGCCGGGGCACCAAGCGCAAGGCGGAGGACGGCCCGGAGGCCCGGAGGUCGGAGUCGGAGCCCACGGUGUCCGUGUCCGAGGCGGCCGAGGCCCGCGGCCCCAGGAUGGUCUUCGUCCUGAGCAGGGCCUCGUCGUUGCGCGCCCAGAGGCCUAGUCUGAGGCACAUCCUGAGCCACGUGCAGGCCCGGGCGGACUUCCCGCACACGACGCUCGUCGGGGUGGUGGUGGUGCUGGACGAUCGGGAUCGGGAUCGGGAUCGGGAUCGGGAUCAGGAGGAAGAGGAGGAGGAGGAGGAAGCCCGUCUUGUGCUGUCCGGCCUGCUGGCGUCCGCCUUCCCCGAGGCCGGUCCCCAGCUGCCCACGGCCAUCUUCAGGCCCGGCCGCGCCGCCCGCCUGCUCCCAGGGGCGCUGCCGCAGGGGGCGCCCGAGAGCCCGCCUCCGACGCCCCUCAGCCCCAACGCCAGCGCCCAACAGCUGCCGCUCCCGAGCCCGCCGCCGGAGGCGCUGCCGGACGGGCCGGCGGCGCAGGCGCGGGAGCGGCCGCCCAGCCCGGAAGUGCCGUCGGCGCAGGCGCCCGCCCUGGAAGAGCGGUCGGCGCAGGCGCGGGAGCUGCCGCAAGCCCUGGAAGUGCGGGCGGCGCAGGCGCAGAGCUGGGAGGAGACGCAGGCGGCGAUUUGGGCGGAAGCGCAGGGCGGGCCGGCCCCGCAGCACGCGCCCCCUCCGGACGGCGGCGGAAACCGCCUGCUGGAGGUCAUGUCGUCCAAAGCUGCAGUGCUCACAGCCAUCGGGGCAGCAGCUGUGGCUGCGGGGGCCGCGGGGGCCGCUUACUACUCCAGCGAGCACUAGGGAGACACCGGACCGCCCCCCAACCAGGCCUCUCCCCACCCCCGCCCCUCAGG